CUAGAGAUCAUCAUAACCAUGAAGCUCCUAUUGGCAUUCAUAUCUCUGGUUGUGGCCUGUACCAACGGCCAACGCCAAAAUACCACCCCGGCGGUGCCGAGUCACAUCAUUGUCAAUGGAUACGCAGCCUACGAGGGCAAGGCUCCAUACAUUGUCAGCUUAGCCAUUCGCACCGAUGGCAGCAAUACUGUAGCAGUUGGCGAUGGAACUAUAAUUGCCAGCAACUGGGUUAUAACUGCUGCCCAUUGCCUGACGACGGACUAUGUGGUCAUUUACUAUGGCUCCAAUUGGGCCAGGCAAGGACAGAUAAGCCACACCGUGCGGAAGGAGAACUUCAUCCGUCACAACUUGUGGCCAGGUACCAAUGGCAAUGACAUCGGACUGAUCCGUACGCCAAGUGUGAGCUUCAACAACAGGAUAAAUAAGGUGGCCCUGCCCAAGUUCAGCGAUAAAAACAAUGCCAUGGUGAACUGGUGGACUGUGGCCUGCGGUUGGGGCGGCAUGGCUGAUGGCAAACUGGCCGAUUGGCUUCAAUGCAUGGAUGUGCAGAUCAUUAGCAAUGACGAAUGUGGCAGAUCUUAUGGAAAUCUUCCCUUUGGCAUUGUGUGUACCAGGGAUGACAACAAAUCCGCUUGUGGCGGAGACUCUGGUGGUCCCCUAGUCACACAUGACGAUCCCAGACUGGUUGGCAUCAUCUCUGUCGGCGGUGUAAACUGUAAAGGACCGACUGGCUAUACUCGCAUUGUUGCCCAUCUCGAUUGGAUUCGCGAGAAAACUGGCAUUGCCUAUUACUAAUAUGUUGAUAUACUUUGAUAUUCGCAUAUAUUUAUCAUAUAUUUUUUUUCUUCUAUCCUAAAACCCAAUAAAUAUAUUUCAA